UUACGUGAGAGAUCAGCUGAGCUCGUGCAGCGCUGCAGUGCUCUGGCGACAGAGACACGGGAUCGGAGCGGCUCGGGGCUGCUCGGUGCCUCUGCUCGGGCUUGGACGGCAGCCUAUCAUUAUUAUCCGUAUCAUUUUUUAAACCCCAUUGAUCGAGUGGAACUGCUUCUCUUUUUUACGGCUGCAAGAAUGUGACUCUCUAAUGCAUUUUCUACGUGUUUUACCUCUAUCAACGGACCCGACUAGCACCAGUGUGUAUUAAUUGCCGCUUGAGUGGACGAAUUGUUCACCCUUUUUUUAUUUUGUUCAUCUGUUCUCAUCAUUGCUUUUCUCCCUGCAAGAGGGUUUCUGUGCGGAAUACACCUGGAUUAGUCAUAGGGUAAUCGUCCGAGGAUAGGAGGAGAUUGCAAUUUUUAACCGGGAGUGGGCAAUAAUAUGUCCAGGCGAAAACAGACCAACCCCUUCAAAGUUAAUUGUAGGUAUCCCAGGGCCAUUCCACACUUCAGGCAUCACAGGCCUUCAGCACACUAUUAACAUGGACGGGAGGGACGAAUUCACCGAGGACAGCGAAUGCCACAGCAACAACUCCCAGGAACUGCAAGGGCAGGAUAGUAUCUCAGAAGACAGCGAUAGUGACCCUGACAACCACGGUGAAGACUCGUCCUCCAACACCUCAGCUGACGACCACAUGACCACCAAGAGAAGUCAGUGCCGCCUACAGGGAGCGGGAGUCAAGGAGGAAAGCGAGGAAGGGGCAGACCAAAGCAACAACUUUGUAUGUCCUCUCUGCACACUGGAUUUCAGCAGCCCUGAGAAGCUCAUCUCACAUGUCUACCAGCACACGACUAUGAUGAGCAACACCAAGAGCUAUGUGUGCCCAGUGUGUGGGCGAGCCCUGAGUUCGCCCGGCUCUCUUGGACGGCAUCUUCUCAUCCACUCUGAGGACCGCCUCUCCAACUGCGCUGUCUGUGGCGCACACUUCACAGACACCAACAACUUUAACAGGGAGAAGCUUAAAGAGCUUCUCAACACAAGCAGUAUGGAGGUCAGCAGUGGAAGGGACGUAUGUUCCAUCUCCCAGGCACUCUCCAGCAGCCCCAUGACCAACCCAGGCCCUGGACCUCGCUCCUGCCAAGGACCAGGCCCCAGCCCCGGCCCAUGUCAGGGCCCUCGCUCAUGCCAAGGACCUGGCCCCAGCCCCAGUCCAUGCCAAGCCCAACACACAUGUCAAGGACCAAGCCCCAUCUCUAGCCAAUGUCAUGGCCCCAGACCGUGUCACGGCCAAGGCUCAGGAUCCGGACCGUGCUCAGGCCCCGGACCGUGUGCAGGCUCCGACCAAGGAUCCUCUUUCCACUCGCUGCCAGACAGUCUCCUCUCCGGAGGCUCAUCGCUCACAUCUAUUCCUGACAGUCUCAAUUCCUCCUCCACAAGCCUGCCUCCUAUCCCAGACAUCCUCAGCCCCAUGCCGGUAUAUCCUGCUGGGGUGCUGCUGGUAUGUAACAGCUGCGUGGCCUACCAGCAGCUAAUGGAGUCUCAGUCGCCCAUGCGAAAGUGGGCUCUGCGUAGGAAGAACGAGCCCUUGGAGGCUCGCUUGCAGCGUCUAGAGCGUGAGCGCACAGCCAAGAAGACGAAGCGGGCAUGUGAAACGGAAGAGGAAAGGGAACUGAGGAGGCUUCGGGACCGCGAGGCCAAGCGCAUGCAGAGGAUGCAGGAGACAGAGGAGCAGCGGGCACGCAGGCUGCAGAGAGACAGGGAGGCCAUGCGUGUGAAGAGGGCCAAUGAAACGCCUGAAAAAAGGCAAGCCAGGCUGAUCCGUGAGAGGGAAGCCAAGAGGAUCAAGCGGAGGCUCGAGAAGAUCGACCCUUCGUUGAGGACACAGAUCGAGCAUGACCCCGCCGCUAUGGCCGCCCUCACAGCAGACAUGAGUCUGUUUCAGUUCCCCUGCCCUAUGCCUGUCCCUUCCAUUGAUAAUGGCCUAUUUAUGAAGCUGCCCUAAUGGGACCAGGCCAUUAAGGGCAACCUACUGACUGCUGGCAGCGUCACUCACCUCUGCACUCCGCCAUCAGGUUGCCAUGGUCACAGUGAACCAUUCCCAGCUGGUUUACUCCCAGUUUUUUCUGUGUCUAACAACUUCAUACACAAACUGCUUUGUUAAAUACAACAAAAAACUACUUUUAAUUUAUUAUAGUCUAGAAGACCUUCAGAACAGGGUUAAGAAUGUUUCAUUUUUCAUUGUAUGGAUGAUGAUAUAAAAGCAUGUUGUAAAGAGAUUUAUCUGUUUGUCCGUGGACUAGCAGAUUUAACACAGCUCAUUAUGGUAGGAGCAGUUACACACUUCCUUUUGAGGAGGGAUAUCUUUUGCACAUGGGCCUUCAGUGAUGGGAGUGGGGACUUUGUAGCCACAGCCCCCUCCUCUCUGGCCCACUCCGCCAGCCCAGUGAUUCGGUUUACUGGUAGCUACACCUCUCUUCAAGCUGCCAACGUGGGUCCCUGGGAAGAUCAUAUUCACUCAAACUACUACCUCACUCGGGGCCGCGGUCGUGCCCUCUGUCCUGUGGCUUACUGCGUUCCAACUCCAAGCUUCCAAAGCUCUACAUGUACUGUACACUUCUACAGAAGAUGCGGGUUGUUUGCCAUGGUUUCUGUUUGCAUUUAUCACUCAGGCACUUUAAUAGGACAAAAACAUUCACUGGAACGUUUAAUAUACAAAUACACUGAUAUCACAGGUAUUGGCGAAGUUCGAUUAAAAUAUUUUUCCUAUCAUUCCGAAUGUUUUGUCCUAUUGAACAAGCCGUGUCGAGCAACAUUCCCCCUCAUAUCCCUCAUUUCAUAGUUUGGACAACUUAACGCAUACUGCCUUUUUACACUUUUGCCAGUAUUUGACUUCUUUUCUCUCAUUGUUACACUCUUACAAGCUACGUCGGUGUCAUUCUGUUGUAUUUAUUUUCUGUUGCAGAGCAUUUUGUUUUGCUCAUGAAAACCCAGUCUGUGCUGCUGUUACUGUACUGUACAAUACAUUAGUUACCUCUUAUAUAUUUUGGGCUCAUCACAUUGAGGAGUAUUGUGUUAGAAAGUGUUGCAUUAUCACAAUUAAACAGUCCUGAAUAUGUUUUAUUCUUCUAGAUGCCAGAAUUUGCCAUAUUACUCCAUAUUACUGGAAUUAUGCCCACAAAGAAGCAUGCGUUUCUCAUUUUGAAUCAUUUUGAAGAGUGUAAAAUUGUUUUGUUACUGUUAAAUUGAGAAUCAUACCCUUGUUCAGGCAAUCUGUGUGGCAUUCCAAAUGCAUCGUAGUCAGUUCCACAGAGACUGCAGUACCUCCAAAUGAAUUAAAUUUUUACCAGUUACAUGAUGCAGUCUUUAGGAUCCAGUGGGUAUGUUUUGUUACUCAGAAUUAGUGGAAUAUUUUCAUUGAUUUAUAUGACAGGGAUUGUUGAUUUUAAGUCACACAUCCCUGCCUUACAGUCUUUUUUUUUUUUUUUUUUUUUUUUUUUUUUUUUUCCCCCUCCCGGGUGUUUUCAGAGCACUGGGGCUCCCAGCAGGGACUGAUGGUUUUGUGAUUUCCUUAAUCUACAUUCAUUGACCUCAUUCCAACACACAUUUAUGCAAUAUGAUGUGAAUAUUUUUCUUGUGAAAACAUUUUGAUUAUUUUGUUAAAUGGGAUGGAAAAUUUGUUUAAAUUAGAGGCCAUGUUCAGAAUUGGCUCGCUUUUCCUGUCUUGUAUACUUUCCUGCCUGUAAGGUUACCUCCGAAUAUUUCAUAACGUCACUUCUCCAGAUGCAAAUAUUUACAGUGUCAAAUGACCGGUUUCUGAAAUAUUCUUCCAGGAAUAUCAGAGACGGGACAGGUUCUGUUUGAGGCACUCCUAGACAAGAGCCAAUUUAAAAAAAAUAAAUAAAAAAACUGUAGGAUUUUUUUUUUUUUUUUGGUCCUCAGAUGCUUUUCUAGGAGUGCUUCAAACCUCUAUGCAACAUGGGUAUAUUUACUCCAAGGGAAAUUUAGACACUUUCCACUGAAACUAUGCAGAAUGCAAUUUUAAUUUAAAUGGACUUCAAUGUAUAGAGUUUAGCUUCUCAGGCAAUUUAACUCAGUGAGAGGGCUCAGACCCCAGAUACAGCACCCUGGUCCAUACCAAUCAUAUGUAGAUCUCCUAUCAGAUGUGGUGGUAAAGUUUUAGGCAGAUAACCUGGGUGUUCCUUUGACACUUUUGUCUUCAAAGACGUUUUCUGGAUCUCUACCUAGUUCAGCACACGAAAGCAACAGGGUCUCACUUCUCACUCUCCUAUUCAUGGCACACCAAGGGCAGAUCAGCGGUCAAGACAAGGCAUCAGGUAUCAUUUCUUUCUGUCUUGGGCUCAUCGACUUCUCUCAGACUAUGAAUACUGGGUAUUCUCAGACGCUUUUUGAUUUGGUGCUGGAAUUGCUGUGAUCACCCUUGUCCUACAGUGGAAUAAUGCGAUAGAGAGUCCGAAGCCUGUGUUGGGAACAAACUGUUGCAAAGGAAGUACUUUGAACCUCUGAAGGUCUGUCAGCGGUACUUUCAGUAUGAAUUAGGUAAGCACUGCAUGUCGUGAAAACUGCAUUUGUCCUAGAAUGGUUCAAUAUGAGCUUGUGUUCCGUUAGUUUAUGCCUGCCUGUUUCUACUCAGUUUAAUCAAAAGAAGAGAAUCUUUUCAAAUGUUGUUUAAAACUUGGGCCUUUCUAUUUAAGUCUAUCAGGAUUUUCUCUCAAUGUCCAUGUUUACAAAAGAAAUCUUUCUGAAUCAAAAGGCCAAAAUGAAUGAGGUAACCUGAUGAUGAGAACAUUUAUGCUAGCUGUUUAUCAAUGCAUCCUGAUUGGGUGGCUCUUCGGAGCGGCCAUCCUCUGUGUUACUGGAUCAACAGAUGUACAGAUCAUGAUGAAACCUGGAAUAGAAUGUGGAAAUAAACAUAAAAACUUUACAAUAGUG